UACUCUAUAAUUUCAUUUCAUAAAGUGAUAAAAUAAAUAUUCCAAAAAAUUACUUUAUUUGCAUUAGUUUUAUCAAUGCAGCAAAAAAAGACAAUUAAAAUGCUUAUUAUAUAGUACCUACUAUAAAAGUUAAUAUUAAAUUAGUAAUAUUAUUUCUUAAAAUAUAAAAUUAUGGGUACUAAAAAUUUUCUAUAUUCUGUUUAUUUGUGUUUUUUUAUAACAAUAAGUUUUAAAGUAAUAAGAUGUGAAAGACUUCGAGAGCAAAUUUACUCUUCAAUUGAAGGAGGAGCAGCAUGCUUCCGCAGACUGAAUGGGACACAUCAAGCAGGAUGCUCUUCAUCACUCAAUGGGGAGGUUGGUGUUGUGCAAAUGGUUUACAAUAUCUCUGAUGCGCAGUGGUUAGUGCACAAUAGCACUGCAGGCCCUUACAUGGCUGUUGUCAGCACUGCAUUGUAUUAUGAUGUUAUUGAGCUGUUGCUACAAGAGCCAGCAAACAUAGCAGGCAUUCUACUGUAUGACAAUGCAACAAUGAGUCCAGAAUUCUUUAGCCAAGAAUCUAAAUGCCCUAAUGAGUACUCUUCAGAUCCCCAUCUGAGUCAGUGUGUGAAACCUGGAGGUAUUGUGUGGAAUGAAAAAGGUACAGGAUUAUUGAGGAGAGAUAUCCCAUACCCUAUAUUUUUCUUACCAAAGACUCGGAUUGAUGAUGUUUCAAAAAUAGAGGACUGUUAUAAUAGGUAUAAUCUAGACAGGGACAACCAGAAGGGAAGACCUUUAUGCUCACUGCAAUUAAACUCGUUUAUGUAUGCUGCAGUUAAUAGUGUUGUUUGUAUGAGAAGAUCGGCCUCCUCCGUGUUUCUAUCGUCAAACAAAGUGUGUGACCCACUCGGCGAUUACAAUGUCUACUACUCACUGUUUCCUCGUGCUAAGGAAACGGAAGCGACGAAAAAACCUGUCACAUUAGUUACAGCACGUAUAGACUCCGCGUCGCUUUUUGAUGGAAUAGCUCCAGGUGCUGCAAGUUCAGUGGUGGGCAUGGUGGCUCACAUCGUCACGGCUGCGACCCUCUCUAAAAUGAUCCCUGUCACUGAUUCCAAAUUAUAUGAUCAAAAUGUCCUUUGGACGUUGUUCAACGGCGAGGCGUUUGACUACAUCGGUUCGCAGCGCAUCGCAUACGACUUGAGUAGGGGAGCGUGGCCCCCCGUAGCCCCCCUGUCGCCCUCCGACAUCCGCCUGCACGUCGAGCUGGGCCAGCUCGGCGGAUCUCUGAGCUUAUUCAAGAGCAGCGCGUCGUGGCCCCUUUACGCCUUUGCUCCAUACAGCUCGACAAACGCUACGGCAUCAAAGAUAUUAGAAUUUCUGGGUGAAAUGUCGACUUAUUCAUCGCUGAACAAUAUAACAGUGAGCCCGAAGUUCACGUCCAACAUACCGCCGUCGUCGCUGCACUCCUUCCGACGAAUACUGAGGAAUGUGACGGACAGCGGGUCUCUGCUGGAGAUACUGCUGGUGGACCAUGAGGAGAACUUCUCUAACCUAUACUACGAGUCCGCUUUGGACGAUUACGAACACAUUGGAUACGUGUAUCACAACAUAAGCAUCAGUAAUGAAGGAGUCUUUAUAUCGACUGACGAGCUGCUCGCGAACGGGACUAUGAAGGAGACGGAGGCUCAGGUCAAAAUAGCCAACCUCGCGACGACACUGGCUCACACACUGUACCAACAGAUCGCCGGCAAACCUUACACGGGCACCGUGAAAGCGUCCGCACAUUUGGUGGACGAGAUGCUGUACUGUUUCCUGCGGAGUCAGGCGUGCCGGCUGCUGCUGGCGGCGGACUACGCCAGCAGCCCCGACGAGCCGCCGGCCGAGCGCCCGCUGCCGCUGUACGUGGGCGUGGCGGCGUGGGCUAGCCCGCCCGCCGUGUACGCGGGCCACCUGCUGGCGCUGCUCACGGGCGGCCAUCUGCGCGGCAACAAGAGUGACUGCGACAACCGCGCCGACACGGGUUUCUCGUAUUAUUGGCUGAGAGGGUGGAAUCACAGUGGUGUGUGUAUUGAAACAACUAUGAACUUCAGCCAAGCUGUUAGCCCGGCGUUCAUUAAAUCAGAUUACGAUCUAACGUCGGGCGAGUUCUCGACGUGGACGGAGUCGGUGUGGCAGGCGAUAUGGGCGCGCGUGUUCGUGCGUGCGAGCGGCGCGGGCGCGCGGCUGGCGGCAGUCGCGGGCGUGCUCGCCACCGCGGCGGCGGCCGUCGUCACCUUCUGGCUGCAGCGAGACGCCGCGCUCGUGUUCGUCGACGCGCCGCCCUCCGUCGCCGGAAUAAUACGGACUGUUAACUGCUAGAAGAUUUAGUUUAAGUGAAGUAGUUUAAAAUAUUGUAUUAAACCAAGAGGCAAGACAUUCCAAAUGACCUACCUACCAAUUAACUCAAUAAUAUAUUAUGUGCUUCAUGAUACUUCAUGUAAAUUAAAUUCAAUAUAUUCGAUUUAACCGGAACUGUAUUGUAAAUUGUACAUAAUCAAUUUAACUUUAUCUAAUUACUAACGUACGCCCGCGACUUCGUCCGCGUGAAAAUCGAUGUAAACUUUGAAACUCUAUUUCAACACCUUCUAUUUAUAUCUUUGCAUGUUUUAUACAUGUUACAUUCAAAGAUCGAAAAUAGCUCACAACGCGUUGUGGUCACAGUAAAGCAUCCACAGAAAUACCAAAAUAUCGAAAUUCGUUUCGUGGCUGUCAUGCUAUUCGAUAUCAACGCGUUGUGUCAAUGAAGAAAAGCCAUGAUGAAUGAUUUACUAAAACUAAGUCAUAAGUACGUAAGUUCAAAUGACCUUAAAACAGAGUUUUAAAAAAAAUAUUAUUACUAAUAAACCAAAACAGGCUCUCCGCUUAGAUAUAUUUAACGAUCUCCUAAGUUUUUUUUAUUUUUAGAGAUAACCUUAUUGCUAUAUUUUGUAAACUUGUCAUGUUUUGUUGCUAACAAUAAAGUGAUAUUAUCACAUA